AUGCUUAUCUUACAACCUUCAAAAGACAUCGACAUUGUUAGUGAAGCCUUGGAACGCAGAUGUUUCAAUGUUAUCUUUAAACCCUCCGAUGAUGAGUUCGCCAUUUACCGCUUGGAGUCGCUUUGUAAAAGGCCACCACAGCCUCCUAACUCCCAGACCCUCCUAAAGCCACCAUGUCGGACGUGCAGCCCAAAGCCGAAAUGUUAUGCUGGUUUUGAGUCAGUGACAGCCUAUGUAGAAAAGGGAAAGACUUCUGAUGAUGUGAUCAAGGUCUGUAUGGAGUCAGAACUUGAGGUGAGACUCACACCUGAAGAUGGGCCCUUUAAUUUCUUGGUUAUCCCCAAACCCUUUAGAGAUGUCUUGUGCGACAGUGCCUUUGAAGAUCUUAAAAGCAGAGGAUGCAAUGUUUUCUUUGAGACGGUUGAUUACAUGGUCACGUUUGGAAGCACUCUAUGGUCUGCAAAACGCUUAUUAGAUGCAAGUUUCAGCCACAGCUCACAAGCGCUUGCUUAA